AUGACGAUCGGCCGCGGGCACGACCUCCCGCACGCCGGGCCAAGCCACCUCGGCUUCGCCCCGCGUCUCCCAGAACGAGUGGAACGCGCCGCAGAGCGAGCAGAACGCGCAGAGCGAGAGCGUCAUGACCGCUUCGACAAUCCCGAUCGCGCGCAUCCGACACACUCGGCUUCGGCGCCGGGCUCGGCCUCGGCUUCCUCGCCUGCCUCCUCUGCCAGCGCCGCCAUGCACCGCCGUCCGACGAACCCGAGCUAUGGCGCACCGUUAUCUGCCCUCUUACCGCUGCUGCAGCGAGGGGGGAGGAACGGUCACGCCGGACACUCACAUACGACCUUUGCCUCGCACGCACACACGCACAACGGACACCGCGAGAUGAACCCCUACGCCCGCCCGAUCACGCACCCGCGACAUCCGAGCGCAACUGCGUCGGCGACACCAGCAUCCCCAGCAGGCCCCUCCAUCUCGGCGGGCGGGACGCCCACCGCCUCUGGCUCGGCAUCGGGUUCGCGGCCCGUCCAGCGCUCGCGCAAUGGGUGCUACACCUGCCGCAAGCGCAAGGUCAAGUGUGACGAGCGCACGCCCAUCUGCAUCAAAUGCGAGUACAGCGGAAGGGGGUGCGAGUGGCCGCCCGAAGACCCCGUGAUAAGGCGCAAGAACAGGCCACGCAAGAUGAAGCUUCACCUCGUGUCGGACUCGAAGCCGGCCUCCUCUCCGCCAGCAGCACCUCCCGCCCCACCGCCGCCGUUGACAGAGGAUGCGAAGCGGACGUUGCGCGUGCCGAUCCACGCCUUGCAAGCUUUCGCAGCGACGUUGCCGAAACUCCCCCGAGAUCGGGGGUACGACACGGGUCCGGCCGGGAUCGCGGGGACCAUGACGGGCAUGCAAGGCUUGAAAGGGCUGAAGGGGAUGGGGGAGAGGAUGAUGCCGCGACGACUGAGGGCGGGGUUGAUGACGGACGCGGCCUUUCUCGCCCCGUACUUUCCGCAGGUUGACGAGAGGCUCAUCUUCCGCCACUUUGUGCACCACACUGCGCCGCUCGGGCUCGCGAGGGACGAUCCAGAUCCGAAACGCACCUGGAACCCGUGGGUCAGCUUGCUUGCGCCGCUGGCGUUUGUCCAUCUCCCGGGGGAAUCGCCAGCCGGCGACGCGCUGCGUGCAGCCCUCCUUGCUAUCGGAUCAGUACACCUGCACUACCUCUCCGACCCGCUCGACUCGUUAGGCGCGGGCAAGAUCAUAGCACUCGCGCGGCCAACAAUCCUAGGCCUCGUUCGUUCCUCCCUCAACACAUCCUCGACUCCACCAUCCGGCGUGGAGCUCGACCUCAUUCUCGGGUCUCUGCUCGGUCUCUGUGUCGCCAGUGCCCUCUCCGCAGACUCAGCAUGGUCCCCACUGCUUCGGGACGUUGUCGGUCUCCUCACCGACCUGGGCGGUGCCGCCCACCUAUUGUCAACAGCGCCGAAGGACCAGCUGAGCAUCCGGCGAUUCGUGCUCGAACAGCUAGCCGUGCGCGACGUCCUCGGGUGCAUGGCCGAGAUAGCAGGGAGUGGGGAGCCGAUGCUUCUAAAGGCGGGGCGGGACCGGGCAUUUGCAGCCGUCUUCUUUGAUGCAGCGGCAUGGAGUGCGACCGACGAGGAGUGGGAGAGCGUCGAGCGCGGUUUCGGUGUGUCGCGGACGCUCGUCGAUCUCAUCGCCAAGACGAGCACGCUCGUUGCGCAUGUCCGCGGCGGCCAGGCUGAGUCACCGACGGCGGAGCGGCCGGGGAGUCGAGAUUCUGCUGCCGGUGCAGGGGCGGGCGUCGGCUCUGGAGUCGGGGAAAAGCCGGACGGGGCCAAGGACGGUGCUCAGAGUGGAGGGGGCGGCGAGGAGAGCCUCGAAGCGGAAGCGGACAGUCUCAUGGCCGAGCUCAAGGUCUGGGACGAGAGCGCCAAGUUCUCCCCCUGGCACCAGCGCACGGCGUACGGCAACGCCGCACACCGACAUGCCCUCACGAUCCGCCUGAUCCGCGACGUGUUCAACUGUCCCGCCUCCGACCGCCGAGUCCAAGCCGCCGCGAAGGCAGUCCUCGAACUCGCCGUCGAGGCAGUCAGCACGUUCGGGAGCGUGGUGUGGCUCGCGUGGCCCGUCGUGCUCGCCGGAUGCCAGCUGGCGCGCACAGAUCCCGCUCGCGAGGUCGUCAUGAAUCUGCUGGGCAACACGAGCCGGCGCGCUUGUUUUGACCUAGACGCGGCGAGGGAGCUGGUCGUGGCCCAUUGGAGGCGGUGCGAUGCCGAGGCGCUCGCUGCCGUCGCUGCUGCUGCCGGCGCGGGUGCGUCGGGCACGGCCGGUGAGAACGGGAAGAAGGCGGCGCAGGCAUAA